AUGAGCAGUCGUCGCAGCAUCGGCGGUCGUCGCUCCAGCAUCCACGGUUCCGCCACAGGCACCAGCGACCCUCGAGAAUGGUCCGACAAGCAAUACCUGAAGAAGGCCAUCCGAGACCUGGUGGUGUUUCUCAGCGAGACCGGCUAUCCUGACAUGAUCUCGGCCAAGAUGCUGGCCGCUCCCUCCAACAAGAUCUUUGUGAAAAUGUUUCAGCACAUCUAUGGCCUGCUUGACCCCAUGUUUCCCUGGGACAAGUACAAGCCUGAAGACGAGAUCCCCGAGAUAAUGAAGUAUUUGGGUUACCCCUUCCCGAUCAAAAAGUCAACCAUCUUUGCGUCGGGCUCCUCGCACAACUGGCCCAAGCUGCUGGGCGCGCUGACGUGGCUCGUCGAUGCUACUCGGUUUCUUGAUAUGGAGGACGAAAUCAUCACGCUAACCCGCAUUAGCGAGAACAUCUUCGACCCCCAGGACUCAGAUCUCUUCUUCUCAGCCGACAUCUUCGAUCACGGCAUCCAGUCAUAUGCCGAUUUCAUGUCCGGACACAUCGACAAGCCCUCGUGUGAACUGCUGUUUGCGGGUCGCAUGGAGGAGCUCGUCAAUACCCACGCACACCUGGAGGAGAAACACCAGGGUUGCAUUGAGGAGCUACAGAAGCUCGAGGCAGAGUGCCCGGCCCUGUCGGCCAUUGAGACAAAGCGCUCGGCAUUGCAGGAGGACCGUACGCGCUUCUUGGAGCUCAUCAAGACGCUCAAGCAGCACCAAGAGCGCUAUCAGCUCAAGACUGCUCAGACCAUGCAGGCCAUCACGGAAAAGGAGCAAGAGCUCGAGGCGCUGAACGCCGAGAUUGCCAAGCUCAAGGUGAUGCGAGAUCAGCAAGAGAUGACGACUGCAGACGUGGAGCGCAUCAACGCCAAACAGCGUCAGCUGGAGCGUGACCUGGAUUUGGCAGAGCAGCGCAAGGAUCAGCUCGAGCAAGACCUGUGCAAAGUCGAGAUUGACAUCUCCAAGACCGUCGAUGGCUUGCAGGAGCAAACAGCAGAAGCCAAUGUUUUGCUGCAACAGUUUGGCAUGGAGGCGGUCGUCUCCGUGAACGGCAGCGUGGACCAACCCCAUGAACAGCUCAACCGUCAGUUUCCCACCUGUUGGAUUGAUGAUGUGCAUGCCUUGUUCACCUUUGGUGCUAGGCAACAACCCGGCGAGAUCUCACAUCCUGUGGCGCUUAAUUCACCGUCUUCAUGUCUGUUGCCUGUGUUGCAGGGUCAGUUGCACAAGCUGACAAGUCAGACCAAGGACAGUGAUUUGCACAAGCUGGAGCUCAAGGACCGCUGCCAACAGCUGGAGGAGGCUGUUGUCACCAAGCGCGAUGACUUAAGCGUGAUGCAAACGCAGCUGGAAGCACUGGAACAGCAGUGUGGCGAGCUGCAAGAGGUCAUCAGCCGCGAGUACAAGAAGCAGCAAAGUCACGUGACCAUCAUGCAAAGCGAGAACCAGAAACGCCGUAUGCAGCUGGCCGGCGACCUACAGGAUAUGCUGGCGCGUAAGGCCGAUCUUGAGGCCAAGCAGCAGCAGCUUCAGGUGGCACAGGCCCAGGAGCGCAAAGCCUUUGCCAACUCGGUGCGCCGGCUGAUCCAGAUGUUCACUCCCUUUGCCAAUGAGAUUCACGAGCAGCUUGAAACCUUGGAGGGUGGCGUGGACGGCGUAGUGGCGGAGAGCAAGGCCAUUCUGCGCACCCUGCAAGCUUUUGUGGAGGAGCAGAAGGCGUAG